AUGACGAGGAACGAGACCAUCGGCCGCCAUGGUUCGGUAGAGAGCUCGUGGAGUUCGCGCUCGGGCGACACGAUACGGCCCUAUGGACGCGCGGGUUCGCUGAGGGGUACCCCCGUCACCGUCAAGACGGACAAGAACCUCAAUUCCCGUGUCGAGCGGGAAUCCGAGAUAUCGCCUGGCACCGUCCCCCCAGCUCCGCCGCCCAAAGACAACCCCUCGCACCGCCCGCGCAAGCCUGCCAAUUGGGACGCUCCCACGCCGAGCGCCUUUGGCCACCACCGAAAACAGCUGGCUGUCCUGGAGACUUCGGGAGGCCGAGUGCCGUCCAUAUCGCGCAACCCCCCCACCGCUUCGAGCGCCAAUUCACAGGUCGCGCCCUGGUCCACCGCGCCCAACGGAAACAACAUGACCAACAGCGUCUGGAGCAGCUUCUUCAACGACUCAAACGAGGAUGUCUCCCAGUCGUCGCCUGGCUUCCGCCCGGGAACCGGCACCAGAGAGGACAGCAUGGGCUUCCCCAUGAAAGACGACAGACGGCCGUCGGUAGCUAGUGCCACGACCGUCAGCAGCACGGGUUCCAAGUCGAGCAUGGGCCGGAAUUUCCACAAACGCCUGCAGAACGUCUUCGGAGAGGACUUCCCCGCCGACGACCGCCAGAACUCGGAUUCGAGCUUGGGCACGCCGCAGCGCAAUCGCGGCAACUCCCUCAGCAACACAAUUGGCAGUAAGCACCAGUCGCGCCCGACCUCGCCUACCAGCUCCCGGCCACGCACCCCGCAGGCGUCCUCGGAAGUCACGCCAUGGGAGUUCCAAGACUCCAAGGACGUUCCCACUCCCGCUGAGUAUGGCGGCCGUCGUUCCUCCGAGCAACAUUCUGCCAAAUCGGGUCGAUCGCACCACAAGCUGCACGUAAGACUGCCUGGCACUGGCCACCGGCACAAGGGCAGCAAGGAGGACAACAAGGCCCCAGACGGACGCGCAGACAUAAGCCAGCCUUACCCGCUGCGCCCCACCACCAGCCGCGAAGAUUCCAGCUACAGCGUCCGACCGAACCAACCCUCGGCCCUCAGCUCCGCCUUCGCCUCCAAGACAAGCCUUCUGGGACGGCCGUCGAGCCCUACGCCAAGCUCAUACUCGGAUAUGACAAGAGAUGACAGGAUAGCGCAACGGUCUCCCAGCACCAACAAGGCGUCGCACGGUUUCUUUGCGCGGUUGCGAGGCAAGGACAAGGACAAGGAUCGCACGUUACCGGGAGAUACCCUCAAGAGUCUGGUCGCUGCUGGAACUGCCUCCGCCACCUCUCUGAAUCCUUCGAUUAAUACGACACGAUCCGCGAGGCCAGAGCCGGCUCGGCAGGCUACCAUGGCGAAACAGCAGGCGAUCAACAAUGGCGUUGAGAGCGCGGCCAAGGAACAGAGAAUGCGGGCUCCUCACCACCGUUUGCCUACCUUCCGGAAAGAGAAGCGCGCAAUUCCGAACGAGCCUACGGGACGGGACCCUAACGAUAAUAUCGCUAGCACAGCAGGCAACGAUGCUGUUUUCUUCCUGGACAGCAAUCUCGACGACAUGGAAGGCAUUGUGAAUCUUCAACAGGCACCGCCGAUGACACCGCCUGUGGGUGAAGUGCCAAAGCAGCCACCGAACCUCGGUGAAGACAUUUCCGUACCAGGACCCGAUGACGACGGCACCGCGGCGUGGGACGCGCCAGACUCCUGGGCCGUGAAGCGCAUGAAGGACGAGAUGGACAAGCUGGGAGACGCCGACGAGACUACAACGCCUUCUAAGGAAGAGAGCGACAACAAGACGUAUUGUCUGCGCAUCUUCAGGGUCGAUUCAACUUUUGCGACGCUAUCAGCUACCUUGAACACGACCGUGCAGGAAAUCAUACAAAUACUAGGGAAGAAGACCGUAUUGCAGGACGAAUUGGACAACUACCACAUCGUGAUGCGGAAACAUGACACCUCACGGCAACUGGAAAGUAACGAGCGCCCGCUGCUGAUCCAGAAGCGAUUGUUGGAACUCGCCGGAUACACGGAUCUAGACCGCCUCGAAGACGUCGGACGGGAGGAUAACAGCUACCUCUGCAGAUUCACCUUCCUCCCUGCCAAGAUGAGCGGAUACUCGAGUCUGGAACGGGAUCCUGGUUUCAGCAAGAUGCAAAAGUUCAGUCACAUUGAUCUCCAAGGUCGGAAUCUGAUCACCAUCCCUAUUACACUCUACCAAAAAGCGACUGAGAUAAUAUCGCUCAACCUGUCGCGCAACCUAUCACUUGACGUACCUAGAGACUUUAUCCUUGCUUGCACCAACCUGAGGGAGAUCAAGUACACGAGCAAUGACGCACGACGGCUCCCGCCCAGUCUGAGUCUUGCUAGCCGGCUGACCAUGUUGGACAUUUCAAACAACCGCCUUCAGUCUCUUGACCGUGCUGAAUUGCACAAGCUGCAAAGUUUACAAGGUCUCCGACUCUCCAACAACGGGCUAACGCGACUGCCACACUACUUUGGACAAUAUCGCGCGCUUCGCAGUUUGAACUUGAGUUCGAAUUCUCUGAACGAAUUCCCAGACUUUUUGUGCGAAGUCCGGACACUGGUGGAUCUCGACAUCAGUUUCAACUCGAUAUCGAGUCUGCCCAAGAUUGGCCAAUUGACAUGUCUCGAACGACUCUGGGCGACGAACAACAAACUGACCGGCAGCUUCCCUCCAACACUGAGCAAUCUAGUCAACCUGCGAGAAAUCGACGUGCGGUUCAACGCGCUUGAUAGUAUGGAUGUCAUGUCCCAAUUGCCCCGAUUGGAGUACUUGAUGAUCGGCCACAACUCUAUUUCAGCCUUUGAAGGCUAUUUCCCGAAGAUCCGUGUGCUGCACAUGAACCACAACCCAGUUACACGCUUCGGCCUCACUCAGCCCACCCCAACACUGACCGCCCUCAAUCUUGCGUCCGCCAAACUGGCGCAAUUACCCGAAGAUCUGUUUGGCAAACUGACUGGCCUCACUAAGCUCAUCCUCGACAAGAAUCAUUUCACGUCCAUAUCGACCAACAUUGGAAAGCUGUACAGGCUGGAGCAUCUCAGUAUAGCUCGAAACUCUCUGGACGACUUGCCUGCCGAGAUCGGUCGCUUGGUGGAGCUUCGCUAUUUGGACGCGCGCGAGAACAAUCUGCCCAAGCUUCCCGAGGAGCUUUGGUAUGCUCGCCGAUUAGAAACGCUAAACGUGUCGUCCAACGUUCUUACCACGUUCCCUAAACCCGGCGCGUCACCUCCACCAGUAGCAAAUGGGGAACAAGCUCAAGUAGACGGAGCGCCUGCGCUUGUUACACCGGGCUUGACAUCAAGUCCCAGUUACGAGGAGCUGGGGAAAUUGGAAGACUUCCAGAAUCGCCGUCCUAGUCAAGCAUCAGGAGGUCUGAGUGUUGGUUCGUCGGCUGCCUCUUCGCAACGGAAGGGGUCGAUGGCGUCAUACAACACUUCAAGUACGGCGCGCAAGACAUCAGUAGCGUCUCGUGCGCCCACCGAAGGGACACUGACACCCAUGUCCCGCAAAGACUCCAGCCUUAGUAGUCGCCUGGUGACUACCUUUGCGGGUUCUCUUCGACACGUGUUCUUGGCUGACAACCGGCUGAACGACGACGUGUUCGACGAACUGUGUCUUCUCCCCGAAUUGCGAAUUGUGAAUCUGGCAUACAACCUCAUCUAUGAUGUACCACCUCGUACGAUCCGACGAUGGCAACAUCUUACCGAGCUGUACUUAUCGGGCAAUGACCUGACGUCUCUACCUGCAGAGGAUCUGGAGGAAGUUGGCUCGCUCAAGGUCCUCCACAUCAACAACAACAAGUUCCAGGUGCUGCCGGCCGAACUUGGCAAGGUUGCACAGUUGGCUGUUCUUGAUGUGGCUAGCAAUUUGCUGAAAUACAACGUGUCGAAUUGGCCAUAUGACUGGAAUUGGAACUGGAAUCACAAACUCCGAUACCUGAAUCUGUCAGGCAACAAGCGUCUCGAGAUCAAACCCAGCGGCUCGUAUAGUGGUGGCGGAACGAGUAUGCGAGAGGGGCGCGACCUGACCGACUUCAGCUCGUUGAUUAAUCUUCGCGUACUUGGGCUGAUGGACGUCACGAUGAUGGUUCCUUCGGUCCCUGAACAGUCAGAGGACCGGCGAGUGCGCACUGCAGGUUCAGCUGUGGGUACUAUGGCGUAUGGUAUGGCCGAUUCACUGGGUCGCAAUGAACACAUCUCGACAAUGGACAUGGUCGUGCCCCGCUUCCGCAGCCACGAUGACGAACAGCUGUUGGGUCUGUUUGACGCACAGCCGCUUGCGGGGGGCGGAGCUAAAAUUGCCAAAUACUUGUACGAUCAGUUCAAGAAUCGGUUCGCCGAUGAGCUCGACCGUUUGCGCCCGAGUGAAACGCCGUCGGAUGCGUUGCGACGGAGUUACCUUGGCCUCAACAAGGAACUAGCUACCGCUGCAAGUCAGGGUCUGGACAAGAACGGACUCACUGCACCGUCAACACAAACGCGCAACUCAGUGCCUGAUCUUAGUGACGACGACCUGACAUCGGGAAGUGUCGCAACAGUACUGUUCCUGAAAGAAAUGGAGCUCUACAUCUCCAACGUUGGUGAUGCGCAAGCCCUAUUGAUCCGUUCGGAAGGAGGACACAAGAUCCUUACCAGGAAACAUGACCCCGCUGAGCCAAGUGAGCGAUCCAGGAUACGAGAAGCUGGUGGGUUUGUCUCGCGACAAGGUAAACUCAACGACAUGCUCGAGGUAUCAAGAGCAUUUGGAUACGUUCAAAUGUCGCCAUCGGUCAUUGCUUCGCCGCAUAUCAUGAACCUUACUCUUGGCGACACAGAUGAGAUGAUCCUGAUAGCUUCGCGAGAACUCUGGGAAUACCUCACUCCAGAUUUCGCUGUCGAUGUCGCACGAUCAGAGCGCAACGACUUAAUGGUCGCCGCCCAAAAAUUGCGCGAUUUGGCUAUUGCCUUUGGUGCGACGAACAAGAUCAUGGUCAUGUUGCUUGGUGUCAGUGAUCUCAAGAGCAAACAACGUGCCCGGUACCGCACCCAAAGCAUGUCCCUCAUACCCGCGCCUGGUGCAGAUCCAGACUGGGGCGCGUCGCGCAGACGUGGAAAGAAGGGCAACCUGGUCGGCGACUCCAAACUCGCUCGACUCGACAACGAAGUGGACGCGCCAACGGGCGAAGUCAGUCUGGUGUUUACGGAUAUCAAAAACUCGACCAUACUGUGGGAGACGUACCCGAUUGCUAUGCGUUCUGCAAUAAAGAUGCACAACGAGCUUAUGCGCCGACAACUACGCAUUAUUGGUGGGUACGAGGUCAAGACGGAAGGUGAUGCAUUCAUGGUCGCUUUCCGCACUGUGACAUCAGCUCUGCUGUGGUGUUUCACGAUCCAGAGCCAGCUUCUCGAAGUACAGUGGCCGCAAGAGAUUCUCAACAGCGUCAAUGGACAGGAAGUGGUCGAUCCGGAUGGUAACGUCAUCUUCCGCGGUCUCUCUGUCCGCAUGGGUAUCCACUGGGGCACACCCGUGUGCGAAGUCGAUCCCGUCACGAAGCGCAUGGACUACUUUGGACCCAUGGUCAACCGCGCCUCGCGUAUCUCCUCCGUAGCCGACGGCGGCCAAAUCACCGUCUCAUCCGACUUCAUCGCCGAGAUCCAACGUCUCCUCGAAACGCACAUUGAAGGCGACCGUAAGAACUCCGCCGGAUCCGAAGAAGCCUACGGCGACGACAUGAACAGCCAGAUGAUCCGCGGCGAACUCCGCUCCCUCAGCUCCCAAGGUUUCGAAGUCAAAGACCUCGGUGAACGCCGUCUUAAAGGUCUCGAGAACCCUGAGUACAUCUACCUCAUGUAUCCGCACUCGCUGGCUAGUCGGCUGGCGGUCCAGCGCCAGACGGAACAGAAACCGGUCGAGCAGCAGAAGGAGGCUACGGCUGGUCAGAAGAUGGCGGGCAGCCAGCUCACUAUCGACACCGAAGAUGUGUGGGAUCUCUGGAAUAUUAGUCUACGUCUGGAGAUGCUGUGCAGUUCGCUCGAGAGCCCUGGUUGCUCUGAAUUGAAACCGCCAGAGACGGCGUUGCUGGAGAGGAUGAAGAGCCGGGGUGGCGAGAUUACGGAUCGUUUCUUGAUUAACUUUGUUGAGCAUCAGAUUUCGAGGAUCGAGUCUUGUGCCAGCACCCUUGCUCUUCGCCACCGUAUACGGCCAUUCGGAAGUGCACCGCUGCUCGAGCAGGCGUGUCAUAUGGGCGAUAUCUUCGCGGAGCUCGAUGCGAAGUUGAAGCGGUUGGAGGAGUUUGAAAAAGGGGCGAUUGAGGGUAUGGCGCCUUCUUGA